AUGAUUUCCCUCAAAUCAAUCCAACCCUUCACCCCAAUCCACAUUCCCACCUUUUCCGAAAAAGAAGCCUUCCGAAAGAGAAAGCCCGCUACCAUACUCUGCACGGCCAACAAAAGCUCGGGAAAUUCAGAUGAGGAAACUCCGCCGGGCCCCACGGGCGACACUCGGAAGCAGGAUCUUCUUGCCCGUAUUGCAAUGCUCGAAGCUCAGAAGGUCCAACUCACGGAUUAUUUGGACGAGCGGUCGGCUUACCUGACCCGUUUUGCAGAAGAGGCCAAUGCAGAAAUCAACCAAAUCGGAGAAAAUGCGCUCCGUGAGCUCGACGAGGCCGGUGCCAAUAUAAUGGAAAAUAUCGAGAGCCAGAUGCAGUCAUUUGAGGAGUCCAUGGAGUUGAACAAGUUGGAGACGGAAGAGAAUGAGAAGAAAUUGGCUGAUUUCGAGAGCCGAAUCGAGGAGGAAAGGAAUGAAGGGCUUUUCUUCAAGAACUUGAGGGAGAAAAAACCGGUCGACAAAGAAAAAGCUAAGGAGGAAGCUCGUAAAGUUCAGGAGCUUGCUAGGACUAGUGCUGGCUCGGUUGCUAGAAGGACUAUUUAUCUUGGGCUGAUCGGGUUGGUGGUAUUUGGAAUAAUAGAUGCAACGAUAUCUAUAACGUCCGAUUGGAGGAAAAUUUCGGUUCUUGGGGUUAUUCUGAUAGGAUUAAUUUCUCAGCUCGUAUACGAACAGAGCAUGUUAUCAAACGAGAAGGAUAAAUCAGAACAAAAGAAGGAAAACGAGACGAUGAGCGAGUAG